GAUGCCCUUACCCAAGGGUGGAGAUGCCAUGUAACAGCACCUGUCCACGCACCUGUGCCCAGCUGCGAGGGGAACAGGAGUGCAUCGAGCCCGAGUGUGAGACCGGCUGCUUCUGUGCUAAUGGCACGUUCGAGGACGAUGGUGACUGUGUAGAGGAAUGUCCUUGUAUCCUGGACGUCCUGGAGUACACAACUGGACAGCUUGUUGGGAACCUUAAUGACGGCACUCCCGUAUAUGAUGGUGACACCAUCGAGCCAGGAGUGGAGGUUCGCAUCAGUGAAUGUGAGACCUGUACCUGUGUACACGGUGUGACAAGCUGUGCAGAUACUGGAACACCAGUUGACGGUGGUUGGACAGAAUGGACUCAGUGGACGGCAUGCACGGCUCCAUGUGACCAGAUGGGCACCAGUGAGCGAACCCGGACCUGCACAAACCCCACGCCGGCUUGCGGAGGGAACCCGUGUACAGGAGACGACACAGACACCAAGAACUGCUGGGGAGAUCCUUGUGGUCAAGAGUGUGAGUACACACAGUGGUCUGAGUGGUCCGACUGCCCGGUCACCUGUGACGCCGGCACUGUACAGAGAACACGCGAGUGCGUGGAGGUCAUAACGGCCACGCCGUGCGACACCUGCCCUGGAUACCCGAACAACGAUACUGAGACAGAAGCCUGCAACCGCGAACCCUGUGAGGAGGAGUGUGUGGAUGGAAAGGUGUACACCACAGAAUGCACCUGUCCCAACACCUGUGCAGAAUUUGGCGGAACAUCCACAUGUACUGUACCUGACCCAUGUCCACCUGGAUGCCAGUGCCCACCUGGAACCUACGAGCAGAACGGUACGUGCGUGCCUCCGGACGAAUGUCGAUGUGAGAUCACGGCACUGAUGAUCUCGGACAGCAACCUGUCACCUGACCAGUUCCAGAACCUGACACAGGCUGGCAACGGCAACUACAUCAUGGACGCUCUGGACGUCAUCAUCGGAAACUGCUCCGUCUGUAUCUGCUACCAGGGUAGACUGAACUGCACAACAGAUGAAAGCUGCUAUGUACCACCCGGAUGGUCUUCUUGGACCCCAUGGACGCCUUGUUCGAAGACAUGUAUCGAGGUUAACGGAACAGACAGCGUGCGAGAGCGUGUCAGGACCUGUGACAAUCCGCCUCCACAGAACCCAGAUGAGGACUGUGAAGGUUCAAACUACGAACAGACCACCUGCAAUGUGCCAAUAUGUAACAUUGAGGGUAACUGGUCCCCCUGGAGCCCGUGGUCGAACUGCAGCGCGAUCUGUGGAGCUGGAUCCAUGAUCCGGACCAGGACGUGCAGCGAUCCGCCGCCCCAGAUCCCAGAGCUGGGCUGUGUGGGGCCGGCCCUGGAGACGCAGGUCUGCAUGGCACCUGCAGAGUGUGAGGAGUGUCCAGACGGUACUGUGUACCACGGCUGUCUGCCCUGCCCCAGAACCUGCCUGGACAUUCAGGAGGGAGUCAUCUGUACAGACGGAGGUUGCAUUCCGGGUUGCAGCUGUCCCGAAGGACUGGUGUUUAACGAGGCAGGCGAGUGUGUGGAGAUGGCCGAAUGCCCCUGCAUCUUCGUCAAUCCGUUUGAAUCUGAUGAACUACAACAGCAUGUAGCCGGGACUGUGUUAAAUGUGGACUGCAAUAACUGUACCUGUGUGAAUGGCCGCUUUGAGUGCACGAACGACAUCUGCGACCAGGACUGCUCGUGGAACGCCUGGGAGUCGUGGGUGGAGUGUUCCCAGUCCUGCGGCGUCGGCAUGACAACCCGAACCAGGACCUACACACAGCCGACCACGUCCAGCGGACUAGCGAGCUGCGCCGCCAUGACAGAGAACAACGACAUUCAGAUCUGCAACACCCAUGCCUGCUCAGUUGUUGGGGAGUGGAGCCCGUGGGGCCCAUGGUCGGACUGCAGCUCCACCUGUGGCGUGGAGGGCUACGCCUACCGUAACCGCUCGUGUGACAACCCGCCGCCUAAGAACGACGGGCCGACCUGCCCGGGAGACAGUGUGGAAGUGAAGAUCUGCUCUUCUCUGCCGUGUGUGCUGUCCUACUGGUCUGCCUGGUCGGAGUGGUCCGGCUGCAGCGCGUCGUGCGGCGAAGGGACCCAGACUAGAACCCGGGCGUGUGAGAAUGUCGCGCCGUGUCAGGGCUGUGACACCUGCCCUGGGGUCAGCACGGAGGAGCAGUCCUGCAAUGUGCAAACUUGUCCAGGUGGGCUUGUGUGUUUUCUUGUGUCUCAUAUGGCAUAA